AAUCGUAUUUCAGGAGCUCUCCUCUGAUUGGACGAUCACAUGAACGCUGACUCUGACCAAUCAGAGAGCAGCCGUGUUGCUCUAUAAAGCUGCAGUUUGCUGAGCAGGAGACGCAUCCGUUUGUUUUGUCGGUAAGAAGCUUUGUGGCUGCAGCAUGUCUGGACGUGGAAAAGGUAUCGGCGGCGGUAAAGCCAAAGCGAAGCCCAAGACUCGCUCCUCCCGGGCAGGACUCCAGUUCCCGGUGGGUCGUGUCCACAGGCUGCUGAGGAAGGGCCACUAUGCGGAGCGUGUGGGUGCCGGAGCCCCCGUCUACCUGGCGGCGGUGCUGGAGUACCUGACCGCUGAGAUCCUGGAGCUGGCUGGAAACGCCGCCAGAGACAACAAGAAGACCCGCAUCAUCCCCCGUCACCUGCAGCUGGCUGUCCGCAACGACGAGGAGCUCAACAAGCUGCUGGGCGGAGUGACUAUCGCUCAGGGCGGCGUGCUGCCCAACAUCCAGGCGGUGCUGCUGCCCAAGAAGAGCGAGAAGAUCGCCAAGGCCAAGUAAAGGAUCCACGUCCUGGAAAUAAACCAACGGCUCUUUUCAGAGCCACACACUCUCACUGAGCAUCUGUCUCAUAAUGACUUAAAGUUACUAUUAACUCCGCUAAAACAAACCGCAGUCAUUUGCAGGACGCAAAAAAAGUAGUUUGGUGCAGUUUCUGGUGUAGUAAAUGAAGGUGAUUGAAACAGUGUGUGUUGGUUCAUUGUAGUGGUGUUCUAGUGAAAUUACCUUGAUGUAAGAGUGAUAAGGUCCCUUUACAUAGUAACAAUUACAAGAACGUUAGUGAUGACUGUCUCCACCUGUCCUCUCUUACGUCCUCAGUUGAGACAUAAAGUCUGACUUUGUGCUUCUCAGUCUGUCAUUGAACUCUGAGCAUUGAAAGAAUCUGGAUCAGGAUGUCUGGCAGAGGAAAGGGAGGUAAAGGAUGUGAGUUUUAGUUAUAGAAUGUAGUAUUUCUAUUCAUUUUUUUCCCAACAAGGUGUUAAAGACUGAGAAGAUUAGUGUGUAAAGCUGUCAAAGCAAAACAGGCGAUUUCAAAGAAUAAAAUAUAAAACAUUCUGGUUUAACAUUUUUGUUUACUGCAUAAUUCCGAAGGUGUUCUUUCGUAGUUUUAAUGUCUUCAGUAUUAAUCUACAAUGUAGAAAAUAAUGAAAACCAGUGGGGUUGUGCAUUUCACACCCAGGCCUUCAGUAGUCUGAAUCAAUCCACCCCAUAAUAACUAAUUUAUGGCUAUAAAAACCAUCUUAUUAUGCAGAAAUGCAGCCGUUGAGUCGCACAUGUAGCUACAAUAAAUGUCUUUACUGAAGAAACAAACCUGGGGUGCACAAGCCUCGUAAAAAUGCAAUAUUAUUUAGGAAAAUCGCUGACAAACCUCGGUUUUUCGUGGUCUUGAACCUGGUGUGUGUGUAUAAUAAUAGUAUAGUGCAGUUGGUGGUAGCGCGCGGUGCGUUCAGGGACCUCAUAGAGUUGCUCUGUCAGCUUCUCUCUUGCUCAGUGGUCUCAAAACUCCUUCAUCUUAGCCAGACAAAAGUGAACAUCCACUUCUUUGUCCUGUGGUAUUGAAAAGAGCACGUGUGAAUACUCAGAAAUGCUGUUAAACAUGUGAAGCCUUUUCCUGGUUGACAGGCCUGCUAGCUUAGGAACUGCCCAUCUGACUUACAGAGUCACAGUAAUAU